AUGGAGGAACGCGAUUUUUGCACCUUGGCUGAACAGGUCGGUCAACUGGUCAACCAAUGUCGACAGUGGAAGCGAGGAAAUGCGGAGCUUGAAGAAAAACUCAAGCACCGGGACUCACGUAUAAUAGCUCUGGAAACGGAGAAUGCGGACCUAGAACGAUAUCUCGAAAAUCUGGAGUCCAACGACGCAGUUGACGGUCUGGAAAAGAGACUCCUUGACAACAGACAACAAUAUGCUCCGAAUAUGGUCCUCCAUGAUUCAGUAGGGAAAGCUGAAAAGCCUGUCACUAUUUCAUACGAGCAUUACGCGAGCCUUGCAAAGCGAUAUGAGCAGCUAUUCCAAGAAAAUGCCAGCCUGAUCAAGUCCUUUUUCACUGUCAAGAGAAACCUGAAAAACUGUAAAGACAAAGUUUCUUCUUGGAAUACCUGCUUUGAACGUGAUUCAUUUGACGUUCAUGUUCGCGGAAAGAGAGUUGUUUUCCAGAGAGUCAAUGAAAUUACAUCUCGUGUCCCACAAAACCAACGGCAUCAUGGGCAGGUGGAAGAGGCAUCGACAACCGGUUUAGCUACGAUUGGACCUGCGGAUCAAACACCUGAACCUCGCCCGCAUGAAAUGGCUACGGGAAUGGAGAGGAUAGCCAUUGGAAUCUCUGAUGGAGCGCUGGAGCCUGGCUCACCGCCUUUGCUUAGCUCAAACUCUCGAGCAAGAGGGAUUCCUGAAGAGCUGACAAACCAGCAUUCCCCUGGACCCACCUCCUCAGAUAUAACUCCGACUCAAACUCAGGACCCACGUUACGCUGAUGAACCGUGUAUGUUCCCUAGUUCUUCUCCAUCUGUUAGUCCAAUCUUCGUCUCAGAAAGGCCAGUGAGGGUGAUCGCUCGGCGAAACUGUGAACGACCAGCGCCCAGUGCCGGCACGAAACCCCUCGAGGCGGGCAGUUUCACCAGAUCUGUUGCCGUAAAGAGUGAACCUACCCCAAGAAGCCCGCUUCAAACAAUUCAGGGGACGACUGAUGAUGAUGAUGAUGACUGUCUGGAUCCAAGCACUUGCGAGACAAAUGACAUUGACACUGGAUCAACGAACCAUACUACUCCUCCGCCACUUAAACCUCCAAGAACUAAGUUUGCUGUUUUGGAGGAGCGAGAGGCGGUCAAAGUAGAGCAAACUGAUCUGGAUGGACUCCAAAUAAUUGGGACCAAACGGCGCUUGGCUCUUCAGCCUGUGAAUUGCAAUAUCUCCUCUAUUCGACAAUCACAUGGAUACACUAAAGACCAGGAAACCAAACGAAGCAGGUACAAUCCCAGGGGUGCAGAUGCAGUACAUCUAGUGACAGAGGAUGGUGAAGAAACGAGCCAUUCGAAAACGAAAACUAGGCCCGUUACCGACCAGCUGCGGGAAAAUGCAAGAAUUAAGAACGGCAUUUGUCCUACUACCAGUUGCCUGGAAGAUCCCUUUCUGGGGGACCAGUCAUGGUUUCGACCUGUGCUGAACUCCCCGUUUCGCAUUCCUGAAACAAUGGAAAAAUUGCCUCUUGGAACUCCUAGCAAGGUGUCAUCUAGCUCAGUUACACCUAGAUGCUCUCGCCCGCAAACUGUGGAGAAGAGAAAUUCAUCAAGUCGACAACGCCCCCCACCGCCACCUCGGCGAAAUUUACGUCGCCCUGCACCUCCUCAACCCCGAGAUGACGAUGAAAUAUCCCCCGAGAGCGAGCCCUUUCGAGCACGACCCCUCCAUCGACUGGGAUUUGAGCACUUCAGACUCAAUCCGGAAAGAAACCAGGGACUCGAUUAUGCAUUUGACGAAGUAGUUCGCAGGAAAGACCUGAGAAAAUGCCUUCCGGGCUGUAUUCGCCCAGAAUGCUGUGGGAAAGGAUUUCGCGCCAUGGCGAAGCUGAAAGGGUUCGGCGAACUAACUGCGGACAAAAAAAAAGACUUGUCAUGGGAGUAUUUAGACCGGGAGGACAGAAACGUGCUUGAUGAAUACUUGGGAGAUAAUAAAGUUGUCUUAGAAUCUAUGACGAAUAAGGAGCUGCAGGAGCUACUCCUUGAUGCGCGAACGAGGCAUCUUGCCAACCAGUUUGGCAAGCAUAGAUAUGUCCAUGAGCGAGCGCGUUCGCCUCCUGGGUUCUGGCGGACGGAUAUGCCAAGUACUCAAGAAUUGGAGCGCGAUUGGCAGGAGGCGAGGGAAGCAGAGCAGGAGAAGUUGGCAGAGCGCUAUAUGGAGGCCAUGAGGCCUGGAGGAUUGUGGAGGUUUGCUGAUGAGUGA